AUGCCGAAGGAUAGGAGUUGGGUUUUGCUAGAUGAUCAUCGAUUAGACGCAUUUCAAAAUGGUUGUUUAGAAUUUCUCAACUUUGCUUUCGAUAAGGCGGCUAUUGAUGACAAAACAAGAUGUCCAUGUAGAGACUGCAAAUGUCGAAAAGUCGGGGAUCAUGAAUUCGUUCAUGGUCAUUUACUUUGGAGGGGCUGGGAUAAAUCCUAUGGCGAAGGACAAUGGGUAAUGCAUUUGGAGUCUGAUGAAGAGUACCGUCGGGAUCUUUGCGAAGUACCCGAAGAAGCUAGUGAAGCAGGGGGGUUUGGUGUUGUACAUGUGAAUGAAGACGAUGACAUGAGUGCCGAUAUUAAUCCCACAAUGGAUGAAUUAUUGCAAGCAUGUCUCAAUCCUGCUCAACAUUCCCUAGGUGAAGAGUCCAGCUCAGAAAGUGAUGAUCUCCGCAAACUCAUUGAAGAGUGGUGUAUCCCCUUAUAUGAAGGUUGCACACAUAAUUCUAAACUUUCCUUCAUGAUGGACUUUUACAAAAUCAAAUCUCGGGGUAAAAUGAGCGAUAAGACAUUUUCAGAAACCCUCCAACUUAUGAAAAAGAUUCCUUCCCUAAAUAUUCCCGAUUCUUUCUAUGAAGUUAAAAAGCUUAUCGGGAAGUUGGGAUGCGGUUAUGUCAAAAUUGAUGCAUGUGAGAAUGAUUGUAUGUUGUUCUGGAAGAAUGACAAAGACUUGGACAAAUGCAAAGUGUGUAAUGCUUCAAGAUGGAAGAGUCCCACAGAAAAUGAACCAAGUUGUUCAACCUCUCAUCGCAAAAGAGUACCUAAGAAAGUUUUCCGACACUUCCCGUUAAUUCCUAGACUCAGACGUUUGUUCAUAUGCGAGAAAACAUCAAUUUAUAUGAGAUGGCAUGCUGAGUCUCGGUGUAACGAUGGUUGUUUAAGGCACCCUGCCGAUUCUGAUGGGUGGAAAGAAUUUGAUAAGAAGCAUGAUUCAUUUGCUUCAGACCCCCGAAAUGUAAGGCUCGGCUUGGCUACAGAUGGAUUCAAUCCAUUUGGAUCAUUGAGUAGUAAGUAUAGCACGUGGCCGGUUAUUCUAAUGACUUACAACUUACCACCAAAUAUGUGCAUGCAAUGUUCUUUUAUGAUGAUGUCUUUGCUUAUUUCUGGUCCUAAAGGACCGAAAAAUGGCAUCGAUGUUUAUUUGCAGCCACUGAUAGAGGAGCUGAAAGAGUUGUGGGUUACUGGAAUUAGAACCUUUGAUGCAUCCACCAAGCAGUACUUCAAUAUGCGAGCGGCCAUUUUGUGGACUAUCAAUGAUUUUCCAACAUUUGGUAACUUAUCAGGGUGGAGCACAAGUGGCUAUCUUGCUUGCCCGAGUUGUGGUGAAAAUACAGUAUCUGAGCGGCUGUACAAAUCGAACAAACAGUGUUUUAUGGGCCACAGUCGUUUUCCCGAGGAAGGGGCACCACCUCCACCUUCGGGCGACGAGGUUUUAUCACAGACAGAUGGAAUCAAUGUUAUAUUUGGGGCAGGUCAAGCAGUAUCUUGUGUUUUGAUAGAAUUUUUGGAUGAUUUUGUGUUUGAUGAUAUGUGUUUUGGAAUGUUUCGACGAUUUUAUGUUUUGGAAGAACGACAAGUCCACUUUCUUGGUCACGUAAUUUCCAAGGAAGGCAUAGCCGUUGAUCCAAGCAAAAUUGAAGCCGUUUGUAAUUGGUCAAUCCCUCGUAAUGUCGGAGAAAUCCGAAGUUUCCUCGGCCUCGCAGGCUACUACCGACGGUUCGUUCCGAACUUUUCCAAGAUAGCCGCUCCACUCUCUCGUUUGACCCGAAAGGAAGUCAAGUAUCAAUGGACUUCCGAAUGCGAGUCUAGUUUCCAAGAACUCAAGAAGCGACUAACCUCGGCACCAAUCCUCGCUCUACCGGAUAAAACCGGAAACUAUGUAGUCUAUAGUGAUGCCUCCAAGCACGGGCUCGGAGCCGUCCUAAUGCAAAACGGGAAUGUAAUUGCCUAUGCCUCUAGACAAUUAAAAGACUACGAGAGGAAUUACCCGACGCACGACUUGGAACUCGCGGCAGUCGUGUUCGCCCUCAAAAUUUGGAGACAUUACCUUUACGGCGAAAAAUGUUCGAUCUUCACCGACCACAAAAGUCUCAAGUACUUCUUUACUCAAAAAGAGCUCAACAUGAGGCAAAGAAGAUGGCUUGAAUUAGUCAAGGACUAUGAUUGCGAAAUCCUUUACCAUCCCAGUAAAGCCAACGUUGUCGCCGACGCUCUUAGCCGAAAAUCCAUGUCCGCCUUGAUCAUUAAACCGCCGCUCGAAUCAACUAUCAAGUCCGCUCAAGACCAUGAUGAUCAACUUGUCAAAAUCCGAGAAGGCUUAGCAACCGGUCAAAAUCCAAACUUCUCAAUGACCGACGGCAAAAUCUUGAAAUUUCAAGGGAGAAUUUGCAUUCCGGCAAACAAAGAGAUCAAAGGAUUAAUUCUCGACGAAGCCCACAAAACGCCCUACUCUUGCCAUCCGGGUGAAACCAAAAUGUAUCAAGACUUGAAGAAGUUGUACUGGUGGCCAGGCAUGAAGAAGGAUAUAGCCAAAUACGUAUCCGAAUGCCUAAUUUGUCAACAAAUCAAAACGGAACACCAAAGGCCCGGUGGACUUCUACAAUCCAACCAUAUUCCCGAAUGGAAAUGGGAAAGCGUAACGAUGGACUUUGUUCAAGGUUUCCCGAAAACUCUUAAAGGAUCUGAUUCAAUAUGGGUGAUAGUCGAUCGCCUAACCAAGUCCGCACAUUUCUUACCGGUCAAGACCACUUUUAGUCUCGAAAAGCUAGCCGAACUCUAUAUCGGAGAAAUCGUCCGACUCCAUGGCGUUCCGAUAUCAAUCAUCUCCGACCGAGAUCCCCGAUUCACUUCCAAAUUUUGGAAAAGAUUGCACGAAGCGAUGGGAACCCGUCUAUCCUUUAGCACGGCGUACCAUCCCCAAACCGACGGACAAUCGGAAAGGACAAUCAAGACCCUCGAAGACAUGCUUCGAGCAUGUAUAAUGGAUUUUGGUGGUAAUUGGGAAAGCCGUCUACCGCUCAUCGAAUUCUCGUACAACAAUAGCUUCCAAUCUUCGAUCGGAAUGGCACCUUACGAAGCCUUGUACGGAAGAAAAUGUCAUUCUCCAAUCCAUUGGGACGAAGUAGGUGAGCGAAGAUUAUUAGGACCCGAGCUAGUCCAACACACCGUCGACAUAAUCAAGAAUAUUCGAGAGAAAAUGAGAACCGCCCAAGAUCGCCAACAAAAAUACGCAAAUAAAAGAAGACGAGAAUUGGAAUUCCAAGCCGGUGAUCACGUAUUCUUGAAAGUCGCCCCACUCAAAGGAAUCAUGCGAUUCGGAAAACGAGGAAAGUUAAGCCCUCGAUUCAUUGGACCCUUCGAAAUACUCGACCGAAUUGGUGGCCAAGCCUAUCGCCUCGCCCUACCGCCUCAACUAUCCAAGGUCCACAAUGUCUUUCAGGUCUCCAUGCUCCGAAAAUAUAUUCCCAACCCUAACCACAUCCUUGAAACCGAACCCCUUGAUUUAUCCCCGAACCUAUCCUUUACCGAAGAACCCUCCCAAAUAUUAGACCGAAAAGUUAGGAAACUCCGAAACAAAGAAAUUCGCCUAGCCAAAAUCCUUUGGAAAAACCAUUCUCCGGAUGAGUCAACGUGGGAACUUGAGGAUGAGAUUGUGAGUCGUUAUCCGGAACUAAUUGAAAAAGUAUUAAAAUGUCUGGAGCAAGAACUCGAGCUCAAAAUGCCGCUAACGAUCCUCACAAUCAAUCUCGUACCAUCCAAGACCUCACCGCCCUCGUCCGAGAACAGAAUGAACAAAUCAACCGCCUUGUUAACCUUCAAAACUAAAACCCUCCUCCACCUCCUCCUCCUCCUCCCCAACCUAGAAAUACAGCCCCACAAGCCACCUACGAGCGAUUCUUGA